AGUGGUACUGGUACCAAGAAAAAAGCGACCUUUUCACCCUUCUUGUUAAUUGUUAUGCUUCCACUUUCCUUCAACUAAGAACUACUCCGUCUCGAAAUGUCCUGUCAUGUGGUUCGCAAUCCUGGUACAGAAUUAAACUUUUCAUGGCUGUCAAAGUGCUGUGUAAACUUUUCCGCCGUAAAACGACGGGCUGAAAGUCUCAAAACACGACGCUCUAUCAAAAAAGAAUGGCAGGCAGCUUGGCUGCUAAGGGCUGUAUCAUGUGUUGAUCUUACAACGCUGUCAGGAGAUGACACCAACAGCAACGUGACACGAUUAUGUUUUAAGGCACAAAAUCCAAUUCGACGUGAUUUAUUAAACAGUAUGGCUUUUGAAAAUGAACUUAAAGUCGGAGCUGUUUGUGUUUACCCUGCCCGAGUUUCAGAUGCUGUUCAAACCUUGCAAAGUUUGGACUCCAAAAUUCCUGUUGCCUCUGUAGCUGCAGGGUUUCCUGCAGGCCUAACCCCAUUAAAGCAGCGUUUGGAAGAAAUUGAGACAGCCAUUUCAUAUGGUGCAAAGGAGAUUGAUAUUGUCAUCACUCGAGCCUAUGUACUUAAUGGUGAAUGGCAGGCACUAUAUGAUGAAGUUAAAGCAUUUCGUAAAGUAUGUGGUGAUGCUCAUCUCAAAACAAUAAUAGCUACAGGAGAACUCGGGUCACUGGUAAAUAUAUAUCGAGCAAGCCUUGUUUGUAUGAUGGCUGGUUCUGACUUUAUUAAAACAUCAACAGGAAAGGAAAGUGUGAAUGCAACAUUCACUGUUGCUUUGGUUAUGGUAAGGGCAAUCAGAGAAUAUUUUCAGGAGACAGGAUAUAAAGUGGGCUUUAAGCCUGCCGGUGGAAUAAGAAGUGCCAAAGAUUCUCUUACAUGGUUGGUGUUGAUGAAAGAAGAAUUGGGCGAUGAAUGGACUCAGCCAAACUUAUUUAGAAUAGGAGCUAGUUCACUACUUGUUGACAUUGAGCGUCAGCUUUUCCACCAUGUCACAGGAAGAUAUGCUGCUGCUCAUGAGUUACCUAUGUCAUAAAAACAGUAUUGUAAAAAUUAAAUAUGAAAUAUUGACCUUAAACAAUUUCAUUUUUAAGUUUCUAAAAUUAUAAUUUACAUUUUGUAAAGUGAUGGUACCUUUAAAUAAACAUUCUUCAAUCAGCAAGAAAGUCGACUACUUCUUCAAGUUCACGUUGCUUUGCUUGUUUAUGAGCCCAGCGAUCUUCUGCAACCUUUGCUGAAACAUUCCAUUUUUCAUGAUAGAUGAUACUCUUGCAUGCUGGACAUUUUUUAUCUGUAUCAAAAAUGAAGUAAAUUGGAUAGGACUUUCAAGAACAUUGUAUGAUCAAAACCAUCAACCAUUCAACUGAAUGGUAUAACUACCUUUAAUAAAUCAAGUUUAUACUCCAAUAAAAACAAAUUUUACUUCC